AUGGCACAAAUUCCCGAAUGUCCGGAAAGUCUAAAGAAGAUUCAACAUCAUCUAAAAAUCGCUUUAGAACAUGAUUCUAAAGAUCCAGUUAUCAGUUAUUGGUGUCGGCUAUAUGCCCUGCAAGCUGCAUUGACCUUAGACAAAUCAUCGAAAGACGCGAAAAUGUUUUUAGUGUCUCUAAUGGACUGGUUGGAGAAACAAAAAAAUAAUUUAAAAGAUAAUGACAUGAUCACAAAUGAGACUGCUGCACAAGCGCACAUAGAAAAUUAUGCAAUAAAAUUGUUUAAUUUUGCAGAUGGAAUGGACCGUCAGGCAAAUUAUAAUAAAAAUAUAGUUAAAUUGUUUUUCACUGCUGGACUACUCAUGGAUGUUUUAAGUGUAUUUGGGGAUGUUUCCGAAGAGAUCACAAAUACUCAAAAAUAUGCAAAAUGGAAGGCUACAUACAUACAUAAUUGCAUGAAAAAUGGCGAGACUCCUACACCUGGACCACCAAAUACAGAAAGUGGACAAAUUGGUUUCAACUUUCCAAAUCAAGGAGAAGACAUUCAACAACCUACAGAUAAUUUUGUUCCUCUAACUCCUACUAAACAUACAUAUGAAGAUUAUCCUGCAUCAAAUCCUAAUGAGUAUCAACAAAUACCCAACAUGUCUACAAUCAGUCCAACAGAAAUACAGCCAACUGUAUCAGGAAGACCAAUCGUACUCAGAGAUGGAAUACAACUGACGCCGUCACAAAUCACUAAAGCACAGAAAUAUUGCAAGUUUGCUGCUAGUGCAUUAACCUACGAUGAUGUUUCUGAGUCCAUUGCAAAUUUACAAAAAGCACUGAAAUUACUAACAACUGGUGAAGAUUCAUAG